CAGCAAAGGGUUAAAAAAGUGUGGUGUCACCGUGAUCAGAAUUCAGAAGGUGUUUGUCUUCAAACAUCAACAAAAACAAGAAGAAGAAGAAGAAAGAGAGUCAUUCUUUCGAUCAAAUCAUAUUAUGGCAAAGAAGGCGGUGCUGAUAGGGUGCAACUACCCAGGAACCAAGGCGGAGCUCAAGGGUUGCAUAAACGAUGUGAGGAAGGCUUACCGGUGCCUUAUCGACCGCUUCGGCUUCUCGGAGGACGACAUCACGGUGCUGAUCGACACGGAUGACUCCUCCACUCAGCCGACGGGCAGGAACAUCCGCAGGGCUUUGGCGGAUCUGGUGCGAUCGGCUGAGCCCGGGGACUUUCUCUUUGUGCACUACAGCGGCCACGGCACCCGUCUCCCGGCCGAGACCGGUGAAGAUGACGACACUGGAUAUGAUGAGUGCAUUGUUCCCUCUGAUAUGAAUCUCAUCACUGAUGAUGAUUUCAGGGAGUUUGUGGACGGUGUCCCAGAAGGUUGCCGCAUCACCAUUGUAUCCGAUUCGUGUCAUAGCGGUGGCCUAAUUGAUGAUAGUAAGGAGCAGAUUGGGGAGAGUACAAAGCGUGAAGAAAACAGCUCCGGCUCCUCCGGUUUUGGAUUCAAAAGCUUUUUGAAACAGGCGGUGGGAGAUGCUAUUGAGUCUCGUGGAAUUCACAUCCCACAUCGCCGUCGUCACCGGGAAGAAGAAGAUGAUGAUGCUGACAGAGAUGUUGAAAUCGCAUAUGGUGAGCAAGGGUAUGUUAAGAGCAGAUCUCUGCCUCUCUCAACCCUCAUUGAAAUACUCAAGCAGAAAACCGGCAAGGAUGACAUUGAUGUUGGGAAGCUGAGGCCAACGCUUUUCGACGCCUUCGGGGAAGAUGCGAGUCCCAAGGUGAAGAAGUUCAUGAAGGUUGUGUUUAACAAACUUCAACAUGGUGAAGGUGGAGGUGGAGAAGGAGGCAGUGGGUUGUUGGGGAUGGUUGGAAGUCUGGCUCAAGACUUCCUCAAACAAAAGCUGGAGAAUGACGACGGGUAUGCAAAACCAGCCAUGGAGACGCAAGUAGGUAGCAAGCAAGAGGUGUAUGCCGGAUCAGCCAAGCGUGCCCUUCCUGAUAAUGGAAUCCUGAUCAGUGGCUGCCAGACCAACCAAACAUCUGCCGAUGCUAGUCCUCCCGGCGGCGAUUCUGAUGAAGCUUAUGGAGCCCUCAGCAAUGCAAUUCAGACUAUCAUCGCCGAGACAGAUGGUCAAGUAACUAAUCAGGAGCUUGUUUUGAGGGCCAGAGAGAUGCUGAAGAGCCAGGGCUUUACUCAGCGACCUGGCCUCUAUUGCAGUGACCAUCAUGUUGAUGCUCCUUAUGUGUGCUGAUCUUGAAGCCCUUCUAUAUAUAUAUAUAUAUAUAUAUAUAUAUAUAUAUAUAUAUAUAUAUAUAUAUAUAUAUAGUGAGAAUAAAUAACAGUGUGGGAUUUUUGAUGAUGUGUGAGUCCAAAAUUGUACUGCUUUGCUUUUGGGAUUUGGUAAAUAAAUCUUAAACAAAGAGGAAUUUCAAUUUAA